CCGCGACAGUUCCACUGCCACGCGGUUACACCUGCUGCUGCUGGUGUUGCGUUGGCGGCCAUGAUUGCGUUGGCGUGUACGGGGCUCCCUGGUUGGGUGGAUGUUGCGCGAAGAGGGGCGCAAACGUCGGGUGGCUUAGCAUCGGCUGUAGGGUCCUUUCGAUGUAGGCGAAUCUGUUCGUGUUCUCAGCUUGGUAGGUCUCCAUUGUUUGUUUCAAUGCUGUCACUGCUGCGAUGUUUCUCGUGAUUAGCUGUUCCAGUUUCGUGAAUGUCGCUUCGAAUUUCACUUCGAGGCUGUCGAUGCGAUCGUUUUCUGUUUGCGUGCGCGUGGCCUCGAUGGCUCGCUUCUUCUGUGCCGGUUCCUCUAUGGCUUUCUCCUGGAUAUUCGUUGUCGUUUCCUCGGCCUUGCUUGUGCUUGGCGUGGGUCUCUGCAGAGGCCCGUUGUUGCUUAGCAGCAACUGACUGAUCUCGGCGAUCUCUCUCGUGAGGUAGUUGAUGGUCACUCGCAACGCCGCGUUUUCUUGUCUUAGGAUCUCAUUUGCCUCCCGCACCUUGUUCAUAUCUUCUUUCUUCGUGGCUUCGGUGAUUUUCUGCGCGCUCCUUAUAUUGUUUCCUUUCGUUGCGUCGACCCAGCUCACUCGCUCCCGUGAUGGUGACGUUUUUCUGCUGAGGCUUCUCUUGCAGCAGCUGCUGUUUCUGGAUUUGGAAGUGCGGUUUUCCGAUGGGGUCCUUGACUUUCGCGCAUCUGGCGGCUUGUCGAGUGGCGGGAAAUCGCUCUCCGACAGCAGCUGGCGUUCGGCCUGUCGGCGCUCCCAUUGUCGCUUACGCACUACGUAGGGGAUCUUGUAUUUUGCCUUGCACGUUCGGACUCCAGUAGGGUGUUCGUCUCCGCACAACUUCCAAAAUUCAUUCACAGUGUAGGUACAUCUGCAUUCAAAUUUCUUCCUGUCUGAAGAUAAUCAUUCAGAACAGUCCUGAUCUUAACCACGAGAUGUCAAAUACGUUUAAUUUUCUUGCUAGUCGAUAUUCUCAAAUUUCUUGAUGGCUCGAUAUGGUAGCUAUUGUUCAGAUUCUUCCGAGCACGCUCAUUUUGCCAUUCCAAGCGUGAAACAUCUCGCAUUGAACAGUUGUAUUUUUAUCUCGGUACUGAAUUUGUCUAGUGCCUUCGAGAUCGUCUUCCGAUUGCUACUUAGUUGAUUUCCACGUUAACUUGCUCUCUCCAACCUUCCGAAGUCCUUGAGACUACAUAGUCCACUUUAUGCAUUGUUUCUUUCUGAAGAGUUAAGCCAGUAUUUUCCACCAUUAAAAAAAGUUCAAAAUGCAAGUUUCGUCAGUUUCUGCGACGUCAAGAACCAUGGAGAGUUUCGCGUUUCGCAGUUCUGUUCUACACCACAUGGGUCAGGCACAAUCCAGUCGGAAAUUUUCUAUCUUCCAUUGUAUCUUCGUUUGGUCUUUUCACUGGGCUUUACUCCUCACCUCCACUACUACUGGUUCUGCACUCCCGUUUUCAACUGCGGUCCACAAGCGUACCCAGCGUGCCCUAGCACGACUCUACGGUCUGCGCUCCAAAAGAUUACUUCGGGCACCAGCAUCACCCGUUCCAUGAGCAACUGCUAUUCCUUGUACAUUCUCUCGCGGACGGCUUCCUGUUGGCAGACUGGACUUGGCUCUUCGCCCGGAACUACUACUGGUUCUGCGGUCCACACCCGUACCCAGCGUGCCCUUACACGACUCUACGGUCUGCGCUCCAAAAGGUUACUUCGGCCACGGGCAUCACCUGCUCCGGGAACGACUACUACUGCUUCUACAUUCCCUCGCCAGUGGCGUCCUGCUGGCAGACUGGACUUGUCUCAUCGCCCUGCACUACUACUGGUUCUGCACUCCUGUUUUCGACUCCGGUGGGUGCCUAGCACGCUCCUGCACAUCGACUCUCCGUUCUGCGCUCCGAAAGAGAUUACUUCGGGCACCAGCAUCACCCGUUCCAUGAGCAACUGCUAUUCCUUCUACAUUCCCUCGCCAGUGGCGUCCUGCUGGCAGACUGAACUUGCCUCCUCGCCCUGCACUACUACUGGUUCUGCACUCCUGUUUUCAACUGCGGUCCACAAGCGUACCCAGCGUGCUCUUGCACGACUCUACGGUCUGCGCUCCAAAAGAUUACUUCGGCCACGUGCAUCACCUGUUCCGGGAGCGACUACUACUGCUUCUACAUUCCCUCGCCAGUGGCGUCCUGCUGGCAGACUGAACUUGCCUCCUCGCCCUGCACUACUACUGGUUCUGCAUUCCUGUUUUCAACAGCGGUCCUCAAGCGUACCCAGCGUGCCCCUGCACUACUCUAUGGUCUGCGCUCCAAAAAAUUACUUCGGCCACGAGCAUCGCCUGUUCCGGGAGCGACUACUACUGCUUCUACAUUCCCUCGCCGGUGGCGUCCUGCUGGCAGACUGGACUUGUCUCAUCGCCCUGCACUACUACUGGUUCUGCACUCCUGUUUUCGACUCCGGUGGGUGCCUAGCACGCUCCUGCACAUCGACUCUCCGUUCUGCGCUCCGAAAGAGAUUUCUUCGGGCACCAGCAUCGCCCGUUCCAUGAGCGACUGCUAUUGCUUCUACGUUCUCUCGCCGACGGCGUCCUGCUGGAAGACUCGACUUAGCCUGGCGCCCUUGCACCUAAUUGUGGUUUCCAGUUUCUGCUGUCGCUUGUGGCGCAAGAGAAAUAUUUCAGCACGCUCAUUUACAAGAAUAUUCCUGGCCUUGCCUCCCGAGCAACCAUCUUCAGCCCGAUCGUCCUGCCGCGUGCUCUAUACAAGUUUCCUAAUGAACUCGUGAACGCGUCGCAAGCCUCUGUGUUGGCGGUGUCCUGCACUGUGUUGACGGCGUGUUCAUUCUCUGAAGGACUUCGUGUCGUCACCAUCCCGCGACCGUCCAUCGGAUGUGCUCCUACAGUUCGCUGUUGCCUUCUUCCGCAAGCAUAUUUAAUAACGUCAUUGUAGCAAGCGUUUCUGCUUUGGAAGAGUGGUACGUUGCUCGGCGAAUGGAUGCCGAUUCUAGGAAUCUGGUUAAUACGAAGCAAGACAUAAAGGUCUCGUUACGUGAACACCACUCGGUCCUUAAUAAGGACUGUCAACGUUUUCAUGAGCCGAUCUGUAAAUUUUUGGUGGCGAGAGUAAUGGACAUUCAUUGACAUUGUGCACUAUUGUAGUAGCACGUUGGUGUGUGUGUGUGUGUGUGUGUGUGUGCGCGCGCGCGCGCGCGCACACUUGCUUGCUUGCUUGCUGGUCUGCGUACACGUGUAACUUACUCUGUGCUCCAUUUUUGUUUCGGUCGAGGACGCAUGACAUGAGCUCCACUACUACCUGGCGCAUUUCUCAUGUUUUUGGUGGUAGCAUUUCCAGCGUCACAGUUGCUUCACUUUUCCCGGUUCAUUCCUGUUAAAAGGUUCCUGGUUUGAUGGUUUACGGUCGUCUAUGGACGUCCGCUUUUGGAUUGGUCGAACCGCUGGUUUCUUUGGCUUUGGUCCUUGGGUUGACCUCUGUGCUCGUUUCAGUAUUCAGCGGAUUUGUUCUGGCGUCUUUCUCGUGCCAGAAACGAGGUCUCCACACAUACUCGGUUCUUCCACGUCACUCAUCAUUGACUCGGAAAGGUCAACAUGCCACUGCACACUGCAAAAGGAUGCAAUGUCAAUGAAUGGGAAAGGGGAGGGUGGUUACUCUCGCCAACAAAAAUUUCCUGAUUUGUUCAUGAUAAUGACGUCCAUAUUUAAGACUGAUUGGUGGUAAAUGUUACCGGGCUCGCUGUUUCUAGUUUUUUUUUUUGUCCUUGACUCAUCAAAUGCUGUUAUGGAUCUACAUGGUCCAACUUGUGUAUUACCUGUCGUUUGUUUACCAGACAGUGCUACCCGCUGUCACCGCUUGUUCACCAUGUAUACUGCGCCUUAGUUUGAUAUUUUAUGUGUCCACAACUAUCCCGUACUCUGCAAGAUCGGUAGGAAUACUGAAGUGCCGUGGCACCCUUGAGGCGGCUGUGCCGUCGUUGCCUGCUGACUGUAGUUCAGAUGACGCACACUUGUGUACUUAAUCCUGAAAUUGCACCGCGUAAGCCAUUGUCACAGCUGCUUCGAAGGGGCUACAUGUACUCCCCUUACGCCAGGUCGUGUGUGAACGCGUCUAGACAACUGACGUGCACGAGCACGCUCAAAGAAAUCUUCAUAAAAUGUCCGCUGCACUUGUAAUUUUAGUGUUGAAGUGAAUUAUGUUUAUCAGAGUAUCGCCACGUAAUUCUUUUCUGUACGCUGUUAGUCUACAUUGCUCUUCGAGUGAAUCUCAAUGAGUUUGCAUUGAAUAGUGUUUGAAUUUGCACAUGCUACAGCUAUUGUCCUAAUCUCGAUAUAAGGAAGCACACUUGAUUUAUUACGAAUUACUUUCAUUGUUCUCAACCUGUAAUAAUCUUACUUCUGCAUUGCUUCAUAACAAAAAUGAGCACUGUUCUUGCCAAAUGGUUACGUGUGCCGCAUUACUCUGCCUAUUUUUUUUCGCUGCUUUCAUCCGCUGUGAUUAAAAAAAAGUCGGGCAACCACGCAUGCGCGAUGGUGCUCAUUCGAAUGAAUUUUUCUUAAAGGAACACUAAAGGCAGAUAAGUCGACGUGGACUGUUUAAACAUCAUUAUAUAAACCUCCCAACGCUUGUUUCGUGCCGAGAAAAGACUUAGUUUACGAGAAAAUUGCAUCUGAAGGGCCUGAAUACCUGUUUCGAAAUUCGAGUCUCCCGCCCGUGGAGUGGUGACGUUGCAUACGCCAUCGCCACCCUUUCCUGCCGUCGGGGAGUAAAACGGCGCCCGAAAGACGGCGGUACCGAGCCAAGACAGAUCGGCGGAUUCGCCGCUGCAGCUGCUGCUUGGUCAAGUGGCGUAGACCGCUCGGGCAUCACGCGAAAUCGCAUGGAAGCUGAGUUCUAAGCUACUUGCAGUUUGUGCGAGUAUCGCGUUCCGGCAAAACCAGCGCAGCACUACGCGAUAACUAAUGAAGCGCGAAGGCGUGGGCGGCAUGGAGUGGAGCGAAAACGGUCUUUCGACCGACCGCGUCGUUGUCAGCGUUAUGUCAAUUAGCUUAUAUUUUUUUGAAAAGUGAAAUAGAACAGGACAAGCAGGAUUUUAUUUCGUCUUGUAAUACAAUGAAAGGACAUUUUUUGCAAGGAAUGAUUGAGUACUGGUGACAAUUUAACUGAGGAGGGCUUUCGUCAUCGGGCAACUAUACUUGAGCCUCUCAUGUCCGGCAUUUACCUCAAUUUCUCAAUUAAGGCUAUGUUCGCGAUAAUAUUCACGCCUUAGAUAUUCCCGAACCCUAAUCUAUCACUUUAGCUCGACUUAAUAUUUGCCUUUAGUGUCCCUUUAACCUCGAACAUACACACAGCGCAAUGUCGCCUUACCGUAGGAAUUCUUUUCAUUUUCCAUCUUCAGUUACACGACAGUCCUGCAAUUGCGCCACACGAUGCUCGCAAUCAGUUCACGAUACGACCAGUGUGGAGAUUUGGACUCCUUGAUAUGCAUCCACCGUGGUUGCUUAGUCGCUAUGGUGUUGGGCUGCUAAGCACGAGGUCGCGCUAUCGAAUCCCGGGCAGGGCGGCCGCAUUUCGAUGGGGCCGGAAUGCGAAAACACCCGUGUACUGCGAUUUAGGUGUACAUUAAAGAACCCCAGGGGGUCCAAAUUUCCAGUCUCUCCCACUGUGGCGUGCACCAACAGAUCGUGGUUUUCGCACGUAAAACAAUUUUUGUUAAUGUGUCAUCUUGGAGGCUUUUCCUUGUUGUUUUUGUAUAAUGCAACUGUUACGUGGACGCAGAGAAAAGACACACCCACCCAGUACUCAAUAGUUCCCAAUACGACAGCGAGCACGAAAUAGCUGCACAUUGAGGUCAUGAUAUUGGAGAAUGUGACGUGGUAUAUAUAGAUCGUCGUCUAGAAAUGUGUUGUAGUCCCUUCCGUACAUUUCCCAUCUAACUGGGAAAGUUCGCAUACUUACGCGCUUUCUUGUUUACUGAAAAAAAAAAAUACCGGGAGCGUUUUUUUUACAUCUCCCAGCGAAGGCUCUCUACAAAGCUUACCCAUUUCAGUUUUACAGCUUGAAGCUAUUUCAGCUUUAAUGUAUGCAAAGAACUCUGUUUCUGCGCCUUGUCUUGUGCUGUUAUUUUCGGUUUAUUGAUCUAAGAAAACUGUCGUCCGUUUCACAUUUUCAUACGUCGAAGUAUCGUGAAGCUGAGAAAUUAUCUGUGCUAUGUAAAUUGAAGUAUGUAUUUGACUUGUAUUCCUGUACAAAUGCAUAAAUGUAUGUUAAUGCACUGUAAAUAUGCUCCUGUUUGAAAAAUCUGGGAUUAAGUCCAGUUAUGUAGCAUUGAAUCGCUUUUAUUUCGGUUUACUUAAGUCUUGUUUUGAGCUGGUUGUACUCGGCAUGCAUUGAACUGCAGCUUGCAAAUCAUCUGUCGAAAUAAAACAUUAUUCUUGUU